GUGUUCACUCAAGUGUCACCCUCGCCGGUUUCCUCUACGCUACACGACCGGCAAAAAAAAAAAAAAAAAAAAAAAAAAAAAAAAAAAAAAAAAACCCUCACCGGUGGCCCAAAAGUCUAGCGGGGAGUGCGAUGGAUGAAUCGUCGGAACAAACGCGGCCCUUCUUGAGAACAGGUCUAGAUGAGGAGGCAAUAGUUGACCAUGGAAAGAGCAGCUUCACUAUUCAAACAAACUACGAAAAGGACGACUUAGAAAGCCACAGAGCAGUGUACGUAGGCGUUCAUGUUCCUAUUGGAAGAGAAAGCAAGCGGAGGCAUCGUCACAGAGGACACAGGCACCACAGAAAGAGAAGGGAUAAAGAUUCUGAGGACGGGAAAGAGGAUGACAGAGAAUCUCCCCCUUAUGACACUCCAUCCCAGCGGGUCCAGUUCAUUCUGGGCACGGAGGACGAUGACUUGGAGCAUGUUCCCCAUGAUCUCUUCACCGAGUUGGAUGAGCUAUCCUUCCGAGAUGGCCGUGCCACUGAAUGGAGGGAAACUGCCAGGUGGCUUAAAUUUGAAGAGGAUGUGGAAGACGGUGGGGAAAGAUGGAGCAAGCCUUACGUGGCUACAUUGUCACUGCACAGUUUAUUUGAACUGCGUAGCUGCAUCCUCAAUGGCACGGUCAUGCUGGAUAUGAGGGCCAACAGUAUAGAGGAAAUUGCUGACAUGGUGAUAGAUAGCAUGGUGGCGUCGGGACAGCUUAAGGAGGACCUGCGGGCGAAGGUGCGUGAGGCAAUGCUGAAGAAGCACCACCAUCAGAAUGAGAGAAAGCUCAGUAAUCGCAUCCCUUUGGUGCGCUCCAUUGCUGACAUAGGCAAGAAACAUUCUGACCCUCUCUUGCUUGAACGAAACGGAGAGGGCCUUUCCUCUUCGCGUCUCUCCCUCCACAAGCCAGGAGCGGCCUCUUCUGCCUCCAACCUGCCGCAGAGACAAGAAUCCCGAGUUUCCAUCCUACUCAACCACCUCCUACCUUCCUCUUCCUCCAACACGGGGCGGCCCCCAGGUCCCUCUUUCCACACAACCCCUCAAAGUACCCCUGCGUCCUUUCGGCGUGCCUCCCCGAGCCCCCCACGUGCCCAAGGAGCUGGCUUUGGCCCUCAUAGCAUCCCAGAAGUGGUGGUAUCCCCGCCCAAGGAUGACGACCCACCAAACUCAACAGAGGAAGAGGCAGCGUUGCCCCAGUUCAGCCGGCAAUCAUCCUGUGCAUCCCAGGGAUCUGAGCAGCUGCCCUUAGAAGGACCACUGGUUCAUCCAAACUCCGUCCCGAACUACCUGGACACUGAAAAGGCAGUGGAGAGGCGGCCUUCUAAAGUAGGGGUCAGUAGAGAAAGCAGCAGUGUCGACUUCAGCAAGGUGGAUAUGAAUUUCAUGAAGAAGAUUCCCCCCGGUGCUGAAGCUUCGAAUGUUUUGGUGGGGGAAGUUGAUUUCUUGGAGAAACCUAUAAUUGCCUUUGUUCGACUGUCGCCUGCAGUUCUCAUCACCGGCCUCACUGAGGUUCCGGUGCCCACAAGGUUUCUGUUCCUGCUUUUGGGUCCUCAUGGAAAGGGUCCUCAGUACCAUGAGAUUGGCAGAUCAAUGGCCACUCUGAUGACAGACGAGAUUUUCCAUGAUGUGGCAUACAAGGCCAAAGACCGAACAGAUCUUCUCUCUGGGAUUGAUGAGUUCCUUGAUCAGGUGACCGUCCUCCCUCCUGGAGAGUGGGACCCCACGAUCCGGAUUGAACCACCUAAAAAUGUCCCAUCCCAGCUAAAGAGGAAGAGGCCAUCCCAUCCUAAUGGCACCGCAUCCCCAGCAGGAGAACUGGAAAAGGAAGAGGACCACCAUGUGGGACCAGAGCUGCAGAGGACUGGAAGGAUAUUCGGUGGUCUGAUACUGGACAUCAAGCGGAAGGCCCCAUUUUACUGGAGUGACAUCAGAGACUCCUUUAGCCUGCAGUGUCUCGCCUCUAUUCUUUUCCUCUAUUGUGCCUGUAUGUCGCCUGUCAUUACAUUUGGAGGUCUGCUUGGGGAGGCAACCAAAGGCAACAUAAGUGCCAUCGAGUCUCUUUUUGGGGCAUCCUUGACUGGAGUAGCGUAUUCCCUUUUUGCGGGCCAACCCCUAACAAUUCUUGGUAGCACAGGACCUGUUUUAGUGUUUGAGAAGAUCCUCUUCAAGUUCUGCGCCGAUUAUGGACUGUCUUACCUGUCGCUGCGAACAAGCAUUGGUCUGUGGACGGCCUUCCUAUGUCUGGUCCUGGUUGCCACGGAUGCUAGUUCCCUGGUCUGCUAUAUCACUCGCUUCACAGAGGAAGCUUUUGCAGCACUUAUCUGCAUCAUCUUCAUCUAUGAGGCUCUUGAGAAGCUCUUCCACCUCGGAGAACAUUAUCCUGUCAACAGCAACAACAUUUUGGAUAACCUCACAUCUUAUUGGUGUCAGUGCUCUGAGCCAGCUAAUGCCUCAGCUCAGCUCCUGCAAAAGUGGAACCAGACAGGAUACAGUCCAGACUCCAUACCAUGGAGUAGCCUCAACAUUUCGAUGUGUAAAUUGCUCGAUGGGGAGUUUGUGGGCCCUGCCUGCAGUAACCAUGGCCCCUACAUCCCAGAUGUUCUCUUCUGGUCCAUUAUCCUCUUUUUCACCACCUUUUUCUUGUCCUCUUUCCUCAAGCAGUUCAAAACAGAGCGAUAUUUCCCUACGAAGGUGCGAUCCACAAUAAGUGAUUUUGCUGUCUUUAUUACGAUCAUGAUCAUGGUGUUGGUGGACUACUUAAUGGGGAUCCCUUCCCCAAAGCUAAAUGUCCCUGAUCGGUUUGAGCCUACUUCAAAGAACAGAGGCUGGCUGAUGGACCCAUUAGGAGAAAACCCCUGGUGGACGCUGUUGGUGGCAGCGCUUCCUGCCCUGCUGUGCACCAUCCUCAUCUUUAUGGAUCAACAGAUCACCGCUGUCAUCAUCAACCGCAAAGAGCACAAACUCAAGAAAGGCUGUGGCUACCACCUGGACUUACUCGUGGUGGCAGUAAUGCUUGGCGUGUGCUCUAUUAUGGGCCUGCCGUGGUUCGUGGCAGCAACUGUCCUCUCCAUUUCGCACGUUAACAGCCUAAAGGUGGAAUCUGGUUGCUCCGCUCCCGGAGAACAGCCAAAGUUUCUAGGUAUCCGGGAGCAGCGGGUCACUGGAUUCAUGAUCUUUGUCCUCAUGGGUUGUUCCGUUUUCAUGACAUCUGCGCUCAAGUUCAUUCCUAUGCCAGUGCUGUAUGGAGUCUUCCUCUACAUGGGUGUCUCCUCUCUCAAAGGCAUUCAAUUCUUUGACAGAAUCAAGCUGUUUGGCAUGCCUUCCAAGCACCAGCCUGAUCUUAUUUACUUGCGCUACGUGCCGCUGUGGAAAGUCCAUAUCUUCACCCUGGUACAGCUCACCUGUCUGGUACUGCUCUGGGUCAUCAAGGCCUCUGCUGCAGCGGUGGUCUUCCCCAUGAUGGUUCUUGCACUGGUCUUCAUCCGAAAGCUUCUCGACUUCUUCUUCACUAAGAGAGAGCUGAGCUGGCUCGAUGACUUGAUGCCAGAGAGCAAGAAGAAAAAAGAAGAUGACAAGAAAAAGAAAGCGCGUGCAAAGCUGGAAGCUGAAUCUCGAUUGCAGGACGAAGAGGAGCUGGGACUGCAGGUCAGCUAUAAGGGCUCCAACCUCCUCAACAUCCCAGAAAAGACCCUCUCAGGGAGUUCUGAGUCUGACCCCUUGGUUGUAAAUAUCUCUGAUGAAAUGGCCAAAAGUGCAGCAUGGAGAGCAGUGAACUUGAGCGGCGACUCACAUGGCCAACCUGUGAAACAUAGCGGAAGGUAGCUAUGCAAAGCCCUAAAAGAGCCCCAAAUACACCGGGAGAAGGGGGCCUGCGUUAGAGUGGACAUCAGCCCUGACACAACAGGAGAGACUUCCACCACAGAGACCUUCUUGUGAUAGCAUCUCCUCCCACACGACACACCAAACAGCUGAGGAGCGCCAACAUACUGUACACGCAGCUUAACCUGCCACCCUAUCUUCAGCACCGCAGGUGAGCUCCACGAGGGCUGUGCGAGUCGCCCGGUUGCCAUGGCGAAGUGCCAUGAUGUACUGUAGAUGACGAUAUUCUACCCCAAGUAGUGAUGUCAUUUUAAAAAACAUUUUUUUUUUUACCAUUUGCACCUCUGAUGCCAAAGGAACGGGCCUCACUGGUGGGGAUCUUUGACUGAGUCAUUGCUUGUUUUAAUUUCAGUUUUAUUAUCGUCACCAUUUUAGUCUUUAUGUUUACCUCUAGUGAGCAGCCCAGCAGUGUUUGAAGGUCAUAUUAACACGACACCAGCCGCCAUUCAGGAAAUAUACAUGCCAGCGAAAAAUGUCUCAUAAUUCAUGUCACUGUGGAAAAACCAAAAGGGAGGUACUUUGAAAGAAUUCUGCAUAACUCAACAGAUGCUGCUACGUCAUCGCAGGUCAAGCAAUCAUCUUGUAGGGGGUUCUCUUGAAAGAGAACAUUGCUGCUUAAAUUUCAUCGGAAACAUCUUUAAUAUAAAUAUAGGUUAAAUACGAACGCAGGUAUAUCGGUGAUCUUUUCAUUCGUAAUGCUAUAUAAAAAUUACUUCAGAGUCCACAUGAAGUCUGUACUGUACAGUAAGCACUUUGCCAGCAUAAUUUCUUACGUAAUAUGAAUCCUAGUGUGUUGUUGUUGUUGUUAUAAUUAUUAUUAUUAUUAUUAUUAUUAUUGUUGUUGUUGUUAAAUGUUGCUUCUCUCUCCAAUACGUUUAAAGUUCUGAAAUUUCAAUCACCUUGCUCAGGAAUCUUAAAGAUUUCUGACUGCGGUCACAAAAUUUCUGUCAAUGGGCAGUGAUAAUGUCUGCUUUUUUGGGUUUUUUUUUUACCCCAUCAUCGCUACCACAACAGUUUUAAUCUCUUAUUUUAAUUAUGAAUGUUUACUCAACGGAUAGCAAGACAGUGCAAUGACAGUUCGACAAAUGAGGACUAAUUAAUAAAAAAUAAAUGAUUUUACUUUGCUGUCAUGGAUGAAUAAAGCACCUGCCAAAGUACAGUGGAACCUCAAAGGGGGCAUAUCAUCGUUGUGGUACAGUGAACCCCCAUUUAUUGCAGGCGAUACAUUCUAGACCCACCUGCGAUAGGUUAAAGUCUGUGAUUCAGAGACCAUAUACAGAGGGUACAGUAAGUAUUCAUUUAAAUGUUUCACUUUGUUAUAUUGCAGCCAUUUUUCAUGUUUUUCCCCUGAUUAAUGCACACACAGCACCCCAUAUUGACAGAAAAAAACUGAAUUGUUGAAAUUUUUGCAGAUUUCUUGAAAAUGAAAAACUGAAAUAUCACACAGCCAUAAGUAUUCAGACCCUUUGCUCAGUAUUUAGUAGAAGCACCCUUUUGAGCUAAUACAGCAAUGAGUCUUUUUGGAAAUGAUGCAGUUUUUCGCACCUGGAUUUAGGGAUCUUCCUCCAUUCCUCCUUGGAGAUUCUGUCCAAUUCUGCCAGGUUGGAUAGUGAAUGUUGGUGAACCGCCAUUUUCAGGUCUCUCCGGAGAUGCUCAAUAGGGUUUAAGUCAGGGCUCUGGCUGGGCCAUUCAAGAACAGUCACGGAGUUGUUCUGAAGCCACUCCUUCGUUAUUUUUAGCUGUGUGCUUCGGGUCAUUGUCUUGUUUGAAGGUGAACCUUCAGCCCAAUCUGAGGUCCUGAGCACUCUGGAGAAGGUUUUCGUCCAGGAUAUCCCUGUACUUGGCCGCAUUCAUCUUUCCUUCAAUUGCAACCAGUCGUCCUGUCCCUGCAGCUGAAAAACACGCCCACAGCUUGAUGCUGCCACCGCCGUGCUUCACUGUUGGGACUCUAUUGGACAGGUGAUGAGCAGUGCCUGGUUUUCUACACACACACCGCUUAGAAUUAAGGCCAACAAGUUUUAUCUUGGUCUCAUCAGAUCAGAGAAUCUUAUUUCUCACCAUCUUGGAGUCUUUCAGGUGUUUUUUGAGCAAACUCCAUGCGGGCUUUCAUGUGUCUUGCAAUGAGGAGAGGCUUCCGUCGGUCGGGCCACUCUGCCAUAAAGCCCCGACUGGUGGAGGGCUGCAGUGAUGGUUGACUUUCUAGAACUUUCUCCCAUCUCUCGACUGUAUCUCUGGAGCUUAGCCACACUGCUCUUGGGGUUCUUCUUUACCUCUCUCACCAAGGGUCUUCUCCUCCGAUUGCUCAGUUUGGCCGGACGGCCAGCUCUAGGAAGGGUUCUGAUCGUGCCAAGCAUCUUCCAUUUAAGGAUUAUGGCGGCCACUGUGCUCUUCGGAAACCUUAAGUGCAGCAGAAAUGUUUUCGUAACCUUGGCCAGAUCUGUGCCUUGUCUCUGAGCUCUUCAGGCAGUUCCUUUGACCUCAUGAUUCUCAUUUGCUCUGACAAGCACUGUGAGCUGAAAGGUCUUCUAUAGACAGGGGUGUGGCUUACCUAAUCAAGUCCAAUCAGUGUAAGCAAACACAGCUGGACUCCAAUGAAGGUGUAGAACCAUCUCAAGGAUGAUCAGAAGAAAUGGACAGCACCAGAGUUAAAUAUGAGUGUCACAGCAAAGGGUCUGAAUACUGAUACUGAUAUUUCAUUUUCUUUUUUAAUAAAUCUGCAAAGAUGUCAACAAUUCUGUCAAUAUGGGCUGCUGUGUGUACAUUGAGGGGGAAAAAUGAUUUCAUCAAAUGGCAUGUAUAGCGGCCAGCCGACGUGGCUAGUGCUAGCAACUAAUGUUAGCAGUCUUCCUGUUUUCUUUGGACAUUCGCUUUCUUUUAACAGCCCUUGAUGAAGGCGGUACUUCGUUUCAGAAUACAGUGUUAGUGGGGGAUAGGGACUGACCCCCCCCCCCCCCCCCCAAAGGUUUAUAGACAUAACAAGAUGGCGGCAUAGCACAACAUCAAGACCCUCAAACCGCUCAAAGGGGAACAAACCCAAGUUUUUUGCAAGAAUAAGUGCCACCGCUUGUCUAAAACGGUAUUCUGAUUGAUAUUGUGUUUGCAAAAUCAGAAUUCAACAGAUUCCUUCAUCAAUGUUCAUCCAUCUCAGGGGGCCGCCAUGUUUUGCAAUAUCACCCUCUGCUGUGGACAGAAAUUGUCACAACUGAAGCCAAACUUGUUAAAAUUUUGUUCAAACCAUCGUGUCAUCAACCCGCAGUUAUGCUACUUGUCGCGGCAUACACGGGGAGUCCGCUGACCUGUUUCCCGGGUUUGGUCACGUGACGUUCGUAAUGCAAACGCGAGACCAGUUGUGACGCUAAUUUUGGUUGACAGCAGAGGGCAAUAUCGCCAAACAUGGCGUCCCCCUGAGAUGGAUGAAUAUUGAGGAAUUCAUCUGUUUAAUUCUUAUCACAUGAACGCAAUAUGAAUCAGAAUACCGUGUUUAGACUAGUGUGGGCCCAUUUGAUGUACGUAUUCUCGAAAAAAGAAAAAGUUUGGUUUCCCCCUUUAAACAUGGUCCCUUGGCACCUAGAUGUCACUGAAGCACAACUUUUAUAUUAGAAAGGUUUUUCAGCAAGUAACCGAGGAUUGGUUCCCACAAACAAUCAGCGAAUAGGGAAUCACGAAUAUGUGGGGGAACAGUUUGUCGCUAAAAAAGCAAACAAAUCAAAAUAAAUAAUCUGGAGUAAAAGUGCAUUGCACGUUAAUCCUUUGAUGCUCGCUAAACUGUGGCGUUACAGUUCGGACCUUUGAGUUUAUGUGCAGAUUUCGAGGCAUAUUUUUCUAUUUUGCCCAACUUUGGCUGUUCCACUGUACUUUGCGGCAGUUCCCGCUGUGUUUAGAUGAUGCCGACAGCACAAAACAACACCAGCCAAAUGCCGUUGCAGAGGCUAAAAAGAAUAUGUGACCCCAGUUAGUUGCACCUAUUUUUAUACUGUCUGUAUCAUUUUAUCCUGUGUGUGGUGGACAAAAAUUGUAUUUUAGUGAUGCGAAACAUUUUAUGCAAAGCAAAUAUUUCUACUGUAAAUGUGACAUUUAUAAUAUUCUACAAAGCCGUUCUAAUUUUCGCUAAGUGCAGUGUUGUUUUAGCAAUAAAUGUUCCAUAUGUAUGGAUCCAUGACACUAGCUAAUAUCCAGGUAAGGAAUAAUUGUCGCUCUAUCUGUGUGUAGCUGUAGUGACUAUGUGCCUUGUCAGAGCUCUUUAUGUGCAAGUGUUGUACUCCUAAUUAAUUGUUCAGAGCAGAUACGUGUCCACACGGCGGCAUACAAUAAAUGAAUGCCAAAGACGAAGCGGCGUCAGUUAGGACUGGACCAGUGCACUAUUUGUUUACUGGUAUAUUGUUCAGCCAUGUAUGUGUUCAAGUUGUAGCAUCUAGCUACAGACUCCAGUUUUGGACUUAGAUUGUCCCCCCCCCACACCCCAUUUACAAACUGAAUUAAUGUUUGUAUGUGCGUUCUGUCGUAACAUCUUGAAUGUUUGCUCGCAAAAGACAUGGAAGAAGUGUGAUGUCUGGAUCGUGACUUUCCACAAACACAAACUUAAGUUGGAUCCUGCCACACAAAUCAGGUUUCAAAAUGGAAGUGAACACUCGCCAAUUGGUAUUUGAUGUUUAAAGCCUUGAAUCUCAACAUGUUGUACAAGCCUACAAAAAAAAAAAAAAAAAAAAAAAAAAAGGCUCCAGCAUACAGAAUCAAAGCAGAGAUGUAUUCAAGUGAAACAGAUUGUAUCUUGUUGUUAGCAAGAAUGAUGACUUACUGUAUCUCAAGGUGGAAAGCAAUAAACGUAAUUAAUAUAAA